AUGGGCAGUAAGAGACAGCACCCAUUACCAUUUCUACAGAGUUGGUUGCAGAGUACUGUUGAGACAUUGAUCAGAAAAGAUUAUACUUAUUCUCAUAAUAUUGUAGCGAAGAACUUUAUACAGUCUUCCUCUGCUGUGAAGUUAACUCCUAUCUUGAGAAUUUCUAGUUUUAUUAAAACAACAAAGGAUAAUAGUAUUACAGCAGUAUUGACUGAUUCUACUCAUAAGAUCUUAGUAAAAUUCCCAUUUAAGUCAGCUAUAAUUAAUUUUGAAAAUACAUAUAAACGUCGUAUAACUCAAGAUACUGUACAUACUUUAGUAGUUAUUAAAGAUGCCAAUUUAAUUUUUCAAAAUAGACAACAAUUAAAAGAACAAUUUGAUGUACUUUAUCCUAAUGAAUUAGAUAUUAUAGUAUUAGAGAUUUUAGAUUUAACUUUAUUUCAACAAGAACAAAUUAAAUUCACAUCUGUAGAUAAUUCAUUACAUUUUAUAUAUGAUGAACGAUGGUAUGCUAGACUAUGUAUACGACCGAAAAUUGGUCAGAAAUAUAUUUCAACAGAUCCUGAUGAAUAUGAAGGUAUGAUCUCACACGAUGAAGAUCUGGAAUGA